AUGAGCAGAAUAAUUGCUAUCAUAAAUGUAGUUCUAUUAUUGACGUCAGUGUUCGGACAAGACUCGAUCUUGGACGCUAUCAACGGCUUCCUCAAAGACACGGAAGAAAUUUACAACGGAGAGCCACCUGAUGCCAUAAAUAUACAUACGGAAUAUGACUUUAUUAUCAUUGGAGCAGGAACCGCCGGAUGCGUGCUUAGCAAUAGGUUGACUGAAAUCGAAAAGUUCAAGGUAUUACUUAUUGAAGCUGGAGGCUCUGAGCAAGUAUUCAUGGACAUUCCAGCGCUGGCAACAAUGCUGCAAUUCACGGAUGCGAAUUGGGACUAUCACACCGAACCUCAAACUGCUUUAGACAAAGAAGAGGAGCAGCAUCAAGGAAAAGAAAGAAAAUGGGUGCAAGAAGCAUGGCAAUUAAGAGAAAAAAUAAGAAUUCAUGACGUUAUACAAAGAAUUAAUUUAAGAGGAAAGAAAUAUUUCAAUCAAUUUCUCGCUGACCAUUUUUUUGUAUGCAGCGGCGUCCGUGAUCCGACAAAAAAUAUCAUCGUCGCCGAUUACGUCCAUGAUUAU